GUCUAUCUAUCGCGCUCUGGUCACACACACACACACACACACAAUCCCCUGUGCGUCUUUUGCCGUGCUGUGCUGAUUUUUCUCCUCCAUGUGUGUGUGUGUCUGUAUGUGUCUGUCUCCGUGGCCGGUCUGUUUUUCAGUGCUCCUGUCUGUCUGUGUGCAUCAGCACGCCACGCCCCUCGUCAGAGAGUCAGAGACGAGGAAUUUUCCUUUCGCCACCCACACACACACACACCGAGGGGACACCUGACUCCAGCAUGAGCGUCUCGUCCCCUCCUGUCUGACUUGUGUGACUGUCUGUGUGGCUGCCUGCCUGUGUGUACUGUGGUACGUGUUGUGUGUGGCUGAGAAACAGAGAGAAGGGAGAAAGAGAGAGAGACUUCCGAUGGUGCUGUCUGUGUGCGUCAGUGUGUUGUGCGGUCUGUGCAACUUUUUUCCAGUGCCUUUGGUGGAUGGAGAGCGAUGAGAGAUCGCCACACACACGCAGAGAGAGAGAGAAAGAGAGAGACGAGGGCCAUUUGACUGACUGACUGACUGACGAGCAUUUUGUGUGGGGACAUCGAGAUCGAUCGUAUCAUCGAAGCAACAACACAAAACACCUCUCGCAAAGACAAUGACGACUCGGUUAGCUCACCACUAGGGUUCAUCGCCACUAGGGUUCGAUAAACCCUACACCCCAGCUCGGGAAGACCACAGGGGUUACAGGGGGUUAGGGUUUCCGGAGUGCAUCCACCGCGCCAAGGACCAACCAACCAACCAAGGAAGAGCAAACGGGGAGUUCGCGAUGGAAAUAGUAUGCGAGAUGUCGGGCAACUAGAUGUCGGGGAUGCGGUUGAAGAUUGUCAUGGACGAGGCCUCUGUGCCGCUGGACGCCAGCCAGGAGCACAGAUAUCGGGAGCCCUUCAUUCUGGUCCCCAGUGAGCUGACCAACGUCGGGUAAGAAACAAAGAGGGAGGAGCGGUGCACACGCAGCCGGCCAUGUCCUUCUGUCUGUCUCUCUGUAUGGCUGACUCUCCAGGGAGUUGGAAUCGCACCUGCAGAACAAGUACGAUUUCCUCGCUGCCCCGAAUGUCCUGUAUCUGUCGGUGAAGGGAGCCGUGGUGGACUCGAAACAGCCACUGGCUAUCUUCCGCGACGAAGAUGUGGUCAAGUGAGCAUGUGAUGAUACUGCAUGUGAAGAAGGCACUCUCCCUUCGCUGCCUGCCCUUUGUGUGUGGUCAGGGUUCACAUCAAGAAGGAGGGCGGACCGGUCAGGCCAGGCGGUCAGGGAUCGCGUGAUCUCUCUGCGAUGGCGGGGAUGCGGCUUCGCAUUCUCAUGAACGAGGCCUCUGCGUGGGUCAGGGAUCGCGUGAUCUCUCUGCGAUGGCGGGGAUGCGGCUUCGCAUUCUCAUGAACGAGGCCUCUGUGCCGCUGGACGCCACCCAGGAGUACCAAUAUCGGAAGAUUUUCAUUCUGGUCCCUAGCGAGCUGACCAACGUGGGGUAAGAAACAAAGAGGGAGCCAUGUGUCUAUUCAUCCAUGUGUCUGUCGGUCUCUCCGUCUGUUUCUCUCUCUGUCCGUUCGCCUGCCUGUGUCGGUCUCUUUAGGGAGUUGAAAUCGUACCUGCAGGACAAGUACGACUUCCUCGCUGCCCCGAAUGUCCUGUGUCUGUCGGUGAAGGGAGCCGUGGUGCCCUCGGAAGAGCCAUUGACUUUCAUCCGCGACGAAACUGUGGUCAGGUGAGCGUCUGACGAUACUGCACGUGAAGAAGGCACUCUCCCUUCGCUGCCUGCCCUUUGUGUGUGGUCAGGGUUCACAUCAGACCUCAAGUCGCUGAGGAGAAAGGCGAGGCGCAGACGGAGGUCGAGUCCGACGAUGAGCAAUCCGACGCCACUGAGUCCGACGAGGACGACGACUUCACCAAGACGCUCGACAAGGUGCUUGACUGGUUCAAGAAGAACAGCGACGCCAUCGCCAGGCUCAGACGGCCUGGUUCUUGUCAGAUAAUGAGGUACAGUGAGUAAUACCAAGGACAAACAGCUGGCCACUGUGUCUUGUCGGUCUCAGUACUUCUGGGGCGUGGCUUCGAGGAUUGUUUCGCUCGUCGCAUUAAUCUCGUCCGUCACCAUCAUCUUCCUGCUCACCGACCCGCUCAAGUCGGAGUGGCAGACCAUCGCCGUCGUCGGCGCAUUGGUGUUCAACUUCUUCGUCACGUUCGUCGUGCGAUACUAGCUGUGGGACUUCACUAGUCGCCGUUCAUGACGCUGCUUACGGCGAGUCUGGGGGACUGAGACGACGACGGAGAUCUCUCCGCGUCACCCAGGUGCUCGCCAAGAAAGAGGGCGAGGCGGAGGACGGCAGAGAAGAAAGCGAUAGCGCCACCGCCAGCGAGAGUCAGCCUCUCCUGCACUGACCGCCUCUAUCCUUCCCUCAGCACCCCCGCAAACAUCAUCAGCGGCAAGGCCUUCAGCUGCAGACGACUCACCGUCAGCGAUAGCGGCUCAGAAGAGAACAAGACAUCGUCCGGUACCCCAAGAACC